AUGACAGCCGCAAGAGGAACGCCAGGAUAUGCUGCUCCAGAGGUGUGGAGUACAAAUUUGGGAGGUGUAACGGACAAAUCAGAUGUUUACAGUUUUGGAAUGGUAUUAUUGGAGAUUGUUGGAGGAAAGAAGAAUAUCGAUGUGCAGGUAAGCCGGUCUAGUCAAUUGUAUUUUCCAGAGUGGGCAUUCAAGUCGAUGGAGAAUGGGCAGUUGGAGAGGGGGUUGAGAGGAAGUGGUCAGGCAGAAAUAGAAUGUGAAGAGAAAGAGAAAGCAAUAAGACUGGUCAAAAUAGGACUAUGGUGCAUUCAGUACAACUCCAGAGAUCGACCGAGUAUGAGUAGAGUGGUUCAAAUGUUGGAAGGAAAUGGUGAUGAUGUGAGUAAUCCUCCCCUGCCUUUCAAUUCAUCAAUUAGGGCUGCACCUUCAAUACAUUCAAGUGAAGAGUCUUCAGUGUAA